CGCCGUCAGUGUGGCCGCGGGGAGGCGGCGGAGGUCACCGCGCGCGGGAGGCGGGGCGGGAGCAGCAUGGCAGCCUCCUUACGGCUUCGAGGAGCCGCCUCCGGCCUGUGGUACUGGAGCCGUCGGCCGCGGCCCGCAGCUGCCAGCCUUGCAGCGGUAUGUUCUAGGUCAAUGGCUUCUAAGACUCCAGUUGGAUUCAUUGGACUGGGAAACAUGGGUAAUCCAAUGGCAAAAAAUCUCAUGAAACAUGGCUAUCCGCUCAUUAUUUAUGACGUGUUCCCUGAUGCAUGCAAAGAGUUUCAAGAGGCAGGUGAACAGGUAGUGUCUUCCCCAGCAGAUGUGGCUGAAAAGGCUGACAGAAUUAUUACAAUGCUGCCCACCAGCAUCAACACAGUCGAAGUUUAUUCUGGAGUGAAUGGGAUUCUGAAAAAAGUGAAGAAGGGCUCAUUAUUAAUAGAUUCCAGUACUAUUGACCCUGCAGUUUCAAAAGAAUUGGCAAAAGAAGUGGAGAAAAUGGGAGCAGUUUUCAUGGAUGCCCCUGUGUCUGGAGGUGUAGGAGCUGCUCGGUCUGGGAACCUCACAUUUAUGGUGGGAGGAGUUGAAGAGGAAUUUGCGGCUGCCCAGGAGUUGCUGGGGUGCAUGGGCUCCAAUGUGGUGUAUUGUGGAGCUGUUGGGACUGGGCAGGCUGCAAAGAUCUGCAACAACAUGCUUUUAGCUAUUAGUAUGAUUGGAACUGCUGAAGCUAUGAAUCUUGGAAUCAGGUUAGGACUUGACCCAAAACUACUGGCUAAAAUUCUAAAUAUGAGUUCAGGACGGUGCUGGUCAAGUGACACUUAUAAUCCUGUUCCUGGGGUGAUGGAUGGAGUUCCCUCAGCUAAUAACUACCAGGGUGGAUUUGGAACAACACUCAUGGCUAAGGAUCUGGGAUUGGCACAAGACUCUGCUACCAGCACCAAGAGCCCGAUCAUUCUGGGCAGCCUGGCCCAUCAGCUCUACAGGAUGAUGUGUGCAAAGGGUUACUCAAAGAAAGACUUCUCCUCUGUGUUCCAGUUUCUACGGGAGGAGGAAACCUUCUGAUGGGUCCUUUGGUCAUGGGCACUGUUAAGAACCAGACUUUGUCUUGGAGAUUCUCUCUAGCUCACUCCAUACGUAAAUGGGUUUAAUCAAAGGUCAUCUGUCUGCUUUUGAUUGUCUACAUAAGAAUAAUCCCUGGGAUUUUCACCCAUGUUUAAAUGUUGUUUCUUUUCUGUUUAACAAACACAUGAUCUGCACAUGUUCCUGAAGCCACUGCUGGUUUUUGCUGACUAGCUCAGUUGACCUCUGAAAAACCUUGAUCCCUGAGCAUCUUCAACUAUAAAGUGAACACUUUGAUCAAGAUAUUUUAUUUACUUCACUUUGCAGAUAAAACCAAAUAUUUUGUCAGCAGAAUGAAAUUCAUGUGAAAAGAAAGAAAUGGAAUUGGUGUGCAGAGCAAAAUUAGAGAAAGAAAAUAUAGUAGAGGACUACCUUUCCUCAGGAAGUUUGUCCUAUUAACCAAGUGGUGUUAUUGUUACAUUCCUGAGGUUCGGGUUCAUGAACAAGAGAGUUUGUUGACUGUACGUCUUAUAGUUUGACUCUGUUACAGCAUCUUAAUGUGUCCCUCUUGUUCCAACUCCCAGCACUCAGCAGACUGAUUUCUAUAUUUUUUUGCUUCCUUGUACAUUCUUACUACAUAUUUUUUGACUUUAGAAAAAUUAUAUCUUUAGACUGUUUAGAGCCAAUGAUAUUUCCUUUAGGUGAUUAUUAUAUUAUCCUAAAUACAGCCAUAUUAUUUUGAAUUCAAAUAAAUUUCUAUGCUGAUAUUUU